AUGACGCUCUUCCAGAACUUCAACACUCACUCUUUGAGGACUACCCGAGGAUUCAAACUCAAGCAAACAUCGCCAAUAUCUAGCCCACAACCAGUCUCGAGCUCUGCCUUUCCUACCACCUCAUAUCAACAAAACGACUUGAAUCAGCCAUACCAGACGAUACAUCUUAACAACGGAAACGGCGGGCAAGCCGUGUCUACCCACAAAGACAUAAGGAACUAUGCUGAACAGACCUUGGGAUCCGAUAAUGCGUUGAUCCAAGCAGUGAAACUUCCACAAGAUGAGGAUAUCAACGAAUGGUUAGCAAUCCACGUUGUUGAUUUUUACAACCAAAUUAACAUGCUUUACGGAGCAAUUACUGAAUUCUGCUCUCCAACCACUUGUCCCAGGAUGAUAGCUACUGAGGAAUACGAGUAUUUAUGGCAAGAAUCCUCCAGCAACGGAGCCAACGGAGCAGUGUCACUGCCUAAAAGACCAGUGUCAUUACCUGCCUGUGAAUACAUCGAAAAUUUAAUGAACUGGGUCCAGGGAUUUUUUGAUAAUGACAACAUCUUUCCAGCGAAGAUAGGGGCUCCAUUUCCCCAGCAAUUCCCAACCUUGGUCAAGACCAUUUUCAAAAGACUCUUCAGAAUAUAUGCCCACAUCUAUUGUCAUCACUUCCAUGAAAUCAGUGAGUUGGGGUUGCAAAGUCAUUUGAAUACCUCUCUCAAGCACUACGUUUUGUUUGCAAAUGAAUUCCUGUUGAUAAGUCAAAAGGAUUAUGGCCCCUUGGAAGAUUUGGUGGAUACCAUGUUAGAAAAAUAA